AUGUUGAUAUCCCGCCUUUAUUCAUAUAUACAGCAUCGAAUACCUGGUUACAGAGCUGUACUCAGUUACAAACGGACAUUGUUUCCCACUCCAAAUCAAUGUGAUCCGAUGUUAUGUCUUAACUUGAGCACACUCCACGGCAACACACUGACGAGUCUUUCCGAAGUCAAAAGCUUCUUACUAUCGUAUAAAGUAAAUGCAGUUUUCUAUUGUGCGGAGGAACUUAAAAGUGUCAUGCCUGGUAUAUGGAAUGAAGUCCUGAAAGCUGGCAGUAUCGCACUUGCGGAGAAAUAUUUAAGCAUGAGAAUUAUCGCAGGUCUUAAAUUCGACGUGAAUGAGGUUUUGAAUGACCUUAAGAAAGCUGAUAUGAAACCCACUAAGACAAUUUUUCGCUUAUUUGUUCUUCAAAGCUGUGCCGUAGGAGAUGUUGAACAAGCAGCGUUGCUUGUGCGUUCACUCAAAGGUUUUGGAAUGGAGACAAACGUUUAUAUUUCUUCUUCUAUGCUUUAUGGUUAUAUUAAAGCUGGCCUAAUCAACGAAGCUCUUUCUUUUCAAAGUAUAUUGUCGGAAUCCGGUUUAUGGCCAACUAGAAUUGCAUAUCACGGUCUACUUUCUGCUUAUGCGGAUAUUGGGGACGAAACCGCUGUAGUUCGAAUAUUAGACGAGGCUUCUUCUCUCCUUCCACUAAACGAUAUUGCUAGACAAACUCACACCUUUUCUCCUAGAUUUCUUGUGGAUACUUAUCAGAAAAUAAUUUAUUCAAAGGGAGAUACUAGCGCAACUUGUGAUAAAGUACUAAAGUGGUUACCUCGUAUGUCUGUUCGACAAACUUUCGCCCGAGAUGCUGUCAACAUUCUGUUGACUGGUGGAUACUGCGCAGCUGCUAUCAAAGUUUUCGAAAAAUUCGAUCCAAAGGAAAUAGAGGAUGAAGACCUUCUCGUAUUGCCACGCUAUGCUGCUCGUGGUGGUUUGAAGGUAGAAUCUCUACGACCUUUCUGGGAAAUUGUAGCUGUCAGUGAUUCACACCUUCAGUUACUUGGUGAUCUAAGCAGUUCAUAUUUUAAAAAGUUCACUUCAGAAGAGUCGAGUAAUUUAAGAGCGAAAGUUCAAACGACCUCCAAUGAAGACAACCCAGAAGAUGCUAUCGAUCUGAAUAUGAAUUCAUCCGAUAUAUUCAAGCUGUUUUCUCGAAGAAUUCACAACCCUUUCGUAUCCUCUUGUAUGUUACUUCGAAGACAUAAUAUAUCGUUCCCUAUUAAUGAUGUUAAGCAAAUCUUCUGGAAGUCGUUUAUGAAAAAUACUCUUAUCAACGCUCCAGGCUCGAUUAGGGAGCUUUGUUAUCUAUUUAUCGCGAGAAAAGAUUAUAGAAGUCUUCAAAGCUUUUGUAAUCGUAUUAUAUCUCACAGUCCUAAAAAUGCGGUCAUCAUCUUGGAGUCUGAAGUGAUUGAAGGAUUGUUGCAAGUGCAUUCUGAACAAAAUUGGGACUUACUUGUAUCUGCCUUGAUGGUCAGACGUAUCAGCGAACCAACUGUAUAUAAGGCUGUUUGUGAGAUGGAAAAUCUACGACAUCUUUCUCCCGCACUCAAGCAUCAUGUUGAGCCAUCGUGGGCAGCAGAAGUAUUCUUUCGUCGCAUGGAAAAUGACAGUCAUCGACUAAAGAUUUACAAACUUCAUCUUAUUUCUGAGUUUUUCUGUAAACAUCAUUUUCCUGAUAUUGUCUACGCAAUUCAACAAUCAGCACUGAAAUAUGGACCUUUCUUACCACCUAAAACGUUGAGGUCAAUCAUUGUGACACCGUAUUUAAUCAACAAUGAUCUAUUUAAUCAUCAUCAUAAUUUGCUGCUUACAAGCCAUACAUUAACAGCUCACUACCCUGUUAGAUUGAGUAAUGCACUCAGACAACUUGAUCCAAUAAUUAAAAUUCCGUUUACUUCAAGUGUGGAUCAGGUGAUAGAUAGAACAGUUGACUGGUUGAUACAGCAUAUCCCAUGUCAUUUGUUUGUAACGCCGAUUGAUCCUCUAUCUAAUGAUAUACCCACUUGGUUGAUUGUUUGUCAACGUUUAAUACAAGAGGGUUCAGUAUUUCGACUACCUGUAAAUUGGACCUAUUUAGCAUUGAAAUGGUUUGGAAAAACAGAUAGUUUACCAAGUUACUUGGAUUGUUACAAAGAUUGGUACACGUAUGCACCGAAUAAAAAUAUUUCUGCUGCAAUGUUAGUGGCUGGCCUUAUUCAUCCCAAAUCUAAAGAAUGGGCUAUGAAACGUCUGCACAAAAAUCCUUUGAAUAUAUAUGACGUCAUUGUCUGUGAUUCUCUCAAUCAACUCUCCGGUGAAAAUCAAAGUUACUUAGCUGAAAUUAUUUCGGAAUUUGGUAAAACAAAUACUUUAUCUAUUGCACAUGAAAUAUAUAAGAAUGGUUUCAAUGCUCCAACUUUACAGUACAUUAUUAAUAAAUUGCCUGAAGAUGAAUCCAUGUAUGAACUUGCUGCAUUGUGUGUUGCUAAGGAGGAUUGGUUUAAUCCUAUGUUGAGUUUUGUAUCAGAACAUUAUCCAGAAAAACAAUUGGCAUUUUGCAGUAACACUUUAACCAUAUUACGGACAAAACCAAACUGUUUUAAUCAUUUGGCGUAUGUUGCAAAAGUUACGAAGAAUGCAGUAAAUGUAUCGAAUUUGAACUGUGUCAAUAAAUGGUUAUUGCGUGCAGUGGAUGAAACGAAAAGUGCCUCAACAAUGUCUGAUAGACUAAUAGUUGAAGAAUUUUUUGGGAUUUUGUCUGGUUUGAAUGUGUUACCUGAUGAUGUUCUUUGUGAUUUGAAAUCGGCGAUGAUGUGUCGCAGUUAUGCACUCGCUGUUGAGUUGAUGAAAAGCAUGGAAAGGCAAACAUUAGAAAUUGUUGUACCAUUUUUAGUUUAUUCUGUUCUAAUCAGCCGAAAUGCACAGGACAUCAAUGAAUUGCUGCUUAUUGCAACUGAUAAGCACAAGGAAUUGUUCGAAAUGUUGUGCGAAUACUCUCAACCGUUAAUGAAUAUUAGUCUACGGUAUUCUUACCAAGCGCUUAGAAAACAAUAUGAUGGUCAAACCUUGGACUGGUUAUCACAAUCUGGUUUGAAUUAUUUUUGUCUUGGACUGCAAACUACUGAACAAAAGGAUAAUGAAACAAUAGAAAUACUGCAGAACUGUAAGAAAUUGCCAUGUGAAGAAUCUAUGCCUGACUUUGCUCAAUCUCUUGUAAAUGAAGAAAAUAAUGAAGCUAUUUUAUUGACUGUUAUUAUGUCAAUCAGUCAAUUAUGGGAUACGCAAAGGAAAGUGAUGCUCUUGCAUAAUCUUGUGAAUCUUGGAGCAGAAGUUCUUGUCAGACGUGUUUUGCAAACUUUAUCGGCAGAAGACGGAACAAAGUAUGCUCCAUUAAAAUACCUUGCACGUACUAUACGAAUUUAUUCCACUUCUAGGGGUGAUGAUGUUUAUAUCGGAGAUAUUUUCAGUUCUUAUAAGAUGGUAAGGAAAUUAUUGUUAUUGUCACCGGAUCAUUUGACCAGUAUCAUCUGUGGUCCACAUAUGGAUACUUUAUUUCGAUUUUGGCCUACUGAACACACAAAAUACUUGAUAGCAAUCGUGAACAGAAUUUCAGAAAAUGGAAUUAGUUCAGUCAGUUCACAUUUAGCAGGAGUUCUGAUCAACCGAGGAUUAUACAAUGAAAUUAGGGACUUAACUAAAAUUACUGAACCUAUACCAACCGAAUUUUUAGCUGGUAGUCAUCUAUAUCCUUUGACAGCAUCUUCAUUUCAUUCGACAAUAAAAUUUAUGCAGACUACUGAUCCUGACCACAUCCCGGAAUUUCUCGAAAAUUGUUUACGUAUUGCAGCCAAGUCUACAGCUGACAGUAGCGAACUCACUGGUAUGAUACGCAUAGUUACGUCACCCCCGUAUAAUGUAGAUUUGGCGACAUCGAUCACUCCUUCAACUAUUCAGCUUAUUCGUUGUCAUUUGGAUAAAUGUGAAGAGGUGCCUGAUGAUAUCCUUAAUAGAGUCGAUUCUUCAACACAAUGUGCAAAUCAAUGA